GUCUCUCUCUCUGCCUGUGUGUGCGUGCGUGAGUGCGCGCAGGCAAGCGAUCGAGCCAGUGAGUGAGAAAGCGAGAGAGAGAGAGAGAGAGAGAAAGGGGAAGGAAAGCAAUCGAGAGGGAGAGAGCGAAUCGGAGUGCGAGUGCAAGACAAAGCUAUGAAAUUAAUCCGAGCUAUUUGCCUCCUGCUUCUUUGUCCAGCUUUGAGCCUCAACACUAGACAUGGCUAUGAGGGACUGGAGCAGAAGCUGAAGGAGGUCUUCACCGAGCGGACUGGCAUCAUGCGUCAACUCUCCAAGACUUCAAAGGAACUGGACAGCAUAAAAGGCAACCUUCAGACACUGAAAAAUGACGACUCCGUGGCCAAGGCGGAUGUCCUGAAAAUCCUGGCGCUCAGCCACAAGCAGAGGGGAGAGAUGAAGUCCCUCCAGGCUGCCUUGCAGAAGCAGCUGGACGAGGCAACGGAGCAAGCCGAGAAACAGCAGGCCACAAUCAAGUUCCUCAAGAUGGAGAUGGAGAAAAAGACCAAAAUAAUCAAGGACCUGCAACAGGAGAACAAGAGCUUGAAAAAUAAACUGCUAUCUGGCAACAAACUGUGUGAUGUCCAUGCAGAAGAGUCCAAAAAAAUCCAGGCUCAACUGAAAGAGCUGCGGUACGGGAAAAAGGAUUUAAUUUUCAAGGGACAGCAGCUAAUGGAUCUGGAGCACAAGUUAACCAUUGCCAAAGAAGAGCUGGAAAAGGCCGCACUGGACAAGGAGUCUCAGUUGAAGGCACUGAAGGACACAGUGCACAUCUGCUUCUCUGCUGUUCUGCACAACCAGCCCACCAGCAGCCACAGGUUCCCCGCCACCCCCACCCACUUGUUCAGAUACUCCUCUCUCGUCAACAGCUCCAGAGUCACCUUUCAGCAGCCACACGCCAAGGAUAUCCCGAAAGUUCAGAGAAUCAUCACAGCCAGUAAAUCGCCUGCGAACAUUGGGAUAAUGAGGAGAGACAGUAGUCCCGGAGUCAAGGACUGCCAGAUGGAAAAGAUUGGCGGGGGUUGCUUCCAAAACCAGACGGAGACAGAAUCCUCUCCCGACAGUAAAAAGCUGCUUGAACAGAAGCAAAGGACUGCAGCGCAGAUUGGAAAAUCAAAUGCAAAGCCCUCAGAUGGCAGGGAGGAAGUAGAGGGAGGCAGCGAAAACACGAAACUACACAAAAACAACUGAAUGGAUGGGAUGUCAUUGGAGAUGCAGAACACCUGCGUUACCUGGAGAUCUUUUUCAGAGCUCAUACUUGUGCCCACAUACACACACACACGCACACACACACACACACACACACACACACACACACACACACACACACAGUUUGCAAAAGAGACACAGGAAUUGUUGGACGAAAACAAACUUCUCAACCGUGAAAUGUUUAAAUUUUUCGAUUGAAAACCCGCAUAAUAAAAUGGCAUGCAUUCUAGACUUCUUUUAAAAGGUAGCAAUGGCAUUGGUAACUUGUUUUAUGAUUGUUCAUUGUUGUUUUUUUUCAGAGCGAGGACACUACUUUCUACAGUAAAUGUGUGUUAUUUCUAAAUAAAUCCCUUUGCACUGGUAAGGUCAUGAUAUUCUGUAAUAUAAGUAGUCCCAUUAACAAAAACUGCUGUAACACCAAACUUACAAAUAUGGUUUGUCACUCAUUGUAGCAAGGUUAAUUUACUAUCUCCUCCAUAUUUUAAAGUAUAUAGGCUCUCAAGUUGGCUGGCCAACUUCUUUCAACAUUUAAUAUUUCAGAGCUCUUUCUGCCUUUAACAUGCUAGAGGUGAAGAGCCAAAGACUCACAAUGAGUCGUCUCCCUGAGAAUGUGCCAUGCACUGAGUAGUUACUCCUAGCGACAUUGAUCUGUGUUAUUUGACCUUUCUUUCAAUAAACUGUGAUUUUCAGUAAAUUUGUGAAGAUUAAAUGGAUAUUUGUGGAGAAAACGAA